AUGGGCGCUGCCUCAUGUAAAAAUUCGAAAUCACAUCCGGAAUCUCAACAAAAGGAAGAUAAGAAGGAUAUUACAAUUGGUGUAUUUGGUCUUGAUGAUGCCGGUAAAACGUCGACAGUUAAAGCAAUUGAAGGAAAUCCCACAGAUGACGUUCAACCAACUAUGGGUUCAAAUUCAAAAAUGGUCCCCUUCCCAAUCAAUGAAAAAAAUGCUGCUGAUAAAAAAAAUAAAAAUCAACGUGUACGAAUGAUUGAUGUAAGCGGUGAAAAAAAAUUUCGUCAAAAUUCAUGGCCGCAAUUUUAUGAUGAAAUACAUGGUUUAAUAUUUGUCUUUGAUGCAAGUGAAAGAAAUCGAUUAAGAGAAAAUCAAGAAACUCUAGAAGAUUUACUUGAAAAUGUUAAACUUAAAGAUAAACCGAUUCUUAUUUUGGCCAACAAACAAGAUCAAAGAGGUGCUAUAAGUAAUGAAAAUGAUUUAAGACGUAGAUUGAAUAUCGAAAAAUUAAAAGCGAAACAUAAAAUUGAAUUAUGUACGGCAUUACCUCAAUAUGAUGAACGAUCAGCCGAUGAGUCGAUACGAAAGGGUUUUUCAUGGUUAAUUCGAACAAUCGAUGAGAACUAUACACAACUUAACUUACGUAUUACGAAAGCAAAAACUAAUCGAACAAGUCGAAAAAUUAAUCAAUACGAUAGUGAUGGACAUGCGAGCGAUGAUAAAUAUUCGAAGAAAAAAAAUACUAGUUUCACAAAUAAAAAUACAGAUUAUCAUUCAAGAAUGACUACUGAAAAACUUCCAAGUAUAUUUCCAGGUAAAGCCAAAACUAAAGCCUACAGCGACAAUGACGAUGAUGAUGAUGAUGAUGAUGAUGUUUAUCGUAGUAAAUCAUCUAUGGGAAAUGAUUUUAGUAAGAAAAAAAAGGUAAUCGGUCCUAUAACGAAUAAUAAUGCAGCAACAAAGAGAUCAAGUAGUAAUGAACCGAAACCCUUUCGAUCUACAUAUGAACCGUUUCCUGAAGAAACUCCUUGGUCAAUUUCAUCAGCUCUUAAACUAACAAAAAGUGAUGAUAUGUUAUCCAAGCUUCAUUCAAAUUCAUCGAUACUAAGUGAUUCAAAACGACGAAAUAUGAGUCCGCUUGUGCAUGAUACGAAAUCUUAUACGAAUGGUUCAUUAUCGAAACGUAACUAUGGUAGUGAUGACGAAGAUGAUAUAUAUAAACAGCAAAAACCGAAAUUAACCGAUCGAUUUGAUAAUUCAACCUUUUCGACAAAUAAAUUUUCUUCAAGUACUAAAAAACCAUUAUCAAGUUUUCAUGAUGAUGACGAUGAUAUUUACAGUAGAACAAACAAUCGUCUUAUGAAUGCAACAUCAAAGAAAUCAUCCAAUGCCUAUGAUGAUGACGAUGAAGAUAAUUAUUCAAAAACAGCAACAAAAAUAAAUAAAAAUUAUGAUUUUGAAACUAAUAAAAGUUAUCAACGACCAUCUAGUCGUCUAAAUCUUGAUCAGGACUAUCGAGGAACUUCACCGAAAAUAGCCACUCGUCCGAGAUAUGACGACGACGGUGAUACUCGUCCAUUAUCAUCUUCAAGAAAAAAAACAGUUACAAACUAUGAUGAUGAUGACGAUGAUGAUGAUAAUAAGGAUAAUUAUUCAAAAUCAAAGCCGAUAGCACGUUCGACUUUCAGUAAUGAUUAUUCAACAUCAAAAUUUGACGAUAAUCCUUAUUCAUCACCAAAAUCGACAAUCCGUGCGAAGCAUGAUAAUGAAGAUCGACCGUAUUCGUCGUCGAAACCAAUGUCAAGCUCAAAAUUUGAAGAUGAUGAUUAUCCGAGUUCAUCGAAAAAACCAAAUUAUUCAUCGCCUUAUAAUGCGAACAAUACUUAUGGUGGUAGCAGUUCACGAUCUCGUAUUGAUGAUCAUGAUUUUUUUACAUCAAAAGGUGAAUCCAAUAAUACGUAUCGAUCACAAAAAAGAACAAACUAUGACAGUUAA